GUGACCACUCCACACAGCCUUUGCUCUGCUCUGCUCCCUUUCUCCAGCCGUGAAAACCCCAGCCCAACCCAGAAACCCCACCGCAAUGUCCAGCGACGACGACCUCCCUGACCUCCUGGUCCAGGAAUCCACCGCCGCGAUCGUCUCCGGCGCCGACCCCUCCAGCCCCACCGCCCGAUCGGCCCACUUCCUCCUCCCCCGCGCGGGGGCUGCUCCCAUCCCCGCUCUGCCAUCCCCGCCACGCAAUGCCGACCCUGUUCCUCUUGCCGACGAGCUCCCGGUGGAGUGGACGGACUGGCCCGGCUGCUCCAAGCUGUGGAGGCGGUGGGUGGCCAAGCUUCGCCCCCGGCACGAGCGCCUCUGGCGGAAAAUUGGGAUCUUGGACGGAGUCCUCGCGACCACCGGCUGGGUGCGGCGCGACGAGGACCUGCUGCUCCAGCUCGCGGGUUUCUGGUCCGCCGAGACCAACACGUUCGUCUUCCCGUGGGGUGAGGCCACGGUGACGCUGGAGGACAUGGCCGUGCUGGGGGGCCUGCCCCUGCUGGGCAGGCCAGUGUGGUUGCGGCUCCCGGACGAGCUCCGCGGGGACGUGGACGCGCUCCAAGCCGUCCGGAUCGCGCUCAACUGGAGCAAGAGCAAGAAAGUCAACUAUACCUUGUGGGUUAAGCAAUUCAUCGAGGAGACCGGUGCCGGUGCUGGUGCCGCUGGCGACGGCAGAGGAGAGGCCGAGGCGGACACAUUGCUCGAGCACGGGGCGUUUCUGGCCAUGUGGUUGACCAGAUACGUGCUUCCGGUGGAGUCAUUCGACGUGGUCAGAGCGGACGUGCUCCCCCUCGCCGCCGGACUGGCGCGCGGCAGGUGCUCGGCCCUCGCACCUGCCGUACUUGCCAACAUCUACAAUGACCUCUCCGCACUCAGUCACCACUUAAGCUUGGGCGCCAGCCAUCAGCCGUUCGUGGCGAGUGCGCCACUGCACAUCCUCCAGCUAUGGGUCUGGGAGCGCUUCCCGGAGCUUUGCUCUGCCAUCAACUCCCACGAUGGUGAUCCCGGCAUGCCGAGGGCUGCCAAGUGGUACAGUAUCAGAAGGAUGCUUGAUCCUGGGCACAUCCAUGCAGUGUUCAUGUCCCCGGAUGAGUUCAAAUGGAGGCCUUACGGAGGUAGUAGCUUUGCUCUGCCACAAGCCAAAGGUGGCUGCUGGGUGCACUGCCAUGAAUUAGCAACAAGCAAGGAAUUGCAAUCCUUUGCGCAAUGUCUGCGACCUUGCGAACUUGUUGGCAUGCAAUGCUUCGAGCAGUACUGUCCGCACCGCGUCGCAAGGCAGCUCGGCUUCGAUCAGGACGUACCUGGGACUGUCGCCCGUGCCAACUCGAGUCGAAAGACGGCGUGGGCGACAUACAAGAUGCAGCCUGAACAUGUUUCGUUCUUCGUUCCGCAACGCGAUCCGGGCGUGACAGUUGAAUACGCACAAUGGUGGAAGCAAUACUCGUCGGCAUGUGCUGUUGCUGUUGCUAAUGCUGCAAAGAUGAAACAACUUAAUGUUGUAGUUAUUAGCCCAAGAAAGAUGAAAGCUGAAGGUCUCAGUCUCAGUGGUGUAGAUUGUGGCAAAAAGCGUCACUUGGAGGCUGGGAUGACUCUGCAAGAUGAUACAGAGGAUGAGAUUCCGCUGGAAGAGAGGCUGAAUAGUGUCAUUCUAAAGACGGAAACGCUGGAUACAGAGACGCAUAUUUUGAAAGAUGACACGACAAAGAAAAAUUCAGAAACCGUGAAGGAUUUGGUGCCAAGAUGGGCAGGAAAAGGCAGACGUAGGGCAAUUUCACGCAAAGUUGCUGAGAAAGCUUUAUCUGAUGCAGAGGCAGUUUUGGUGAGUGAAGUUGAUAAACCAUCGUGUGGGCCGGUCACCAAGAAUGAGAAUCUUGAAGAGCAAGCAUCAGUCGAGGGUGCAGCGAGACCUAGAAGCAACAAAGGCAUUAGAGCUGCAAUUGGAGUGGACAUGUAUUCAAAUCUUCCAGACAUCUUGGCGAUCAGUGGUAACGAGUUGGAUGAAAUAUUCAGAAAGGAUAGCGAGGCGAGUGCAAUUUAUAUGGAAUUGUCCAAGUUAACGAUGGCAACAUCCAACUCAGAUCGGCCAAAUGAAGAACGACAUCUGGUCACCAUAAGAAGAGAUGAGCAGGACUGCAGUGAGUCGAAGGAUACCACGGUGAAAGAAGAUUGUGAUUAUCAGCUUCCUACUGUCCAAAGUGAUAGCACCAUCAGACAAGGACCAGUUAAAGUAACUCGUGCCAUUAAUGUUCAAACUAAUGUGAUGUCUUACAAGGAUACAUUGAUGAAAUGCAGACACGCAAUGUAAUGGCAGAGGGAGAUCAGAGAGCGAAGGUGGACAGAGAAAACUCAACUCUUCUCGAAGGAGACAAUGAUGCAUCUUAUAACGGUCUAGUACAUGGAAAUAAUGAACUGGUCAAGAGAGUAAUUUCUACUAAAACACUCUACUAUCUUAGACCAUUCAAGCGGGUGAAAGAUGCUCAGGUCAGAGAUUCAAGAGCCGCCAAUGCAGGUCAAGUAAUUUUCCAACCAGGACGGGAAGUCGGAACAACGGAAAUGAUUAGAGAGGCGUCUGAAGCUCGAGAAGCAGAAAAGGUUGAGUUGGAAACAAGAAUUGAUCAUCUUAAGAAACAAGUCGUGGCGUUAGAGGUGCAGUUGCGGGACAGGAGAACCUAGGAAAUUUGAGAUAUAACUUAACAUAGUAUAGCGGUAGCUUGGGUCUUUAGAAGACAUCUCCCGAUGAAGAGUACCACAAUAUGGUGGGCUAGUCUUGCCGGUGAAAUGAUCUUCAUCAGCUAAUUGUGAGUGCAGAAACUAAAGCCCUUACAUCCUACCUUAAACUCUGAUUAUAUGUUCCUGGUUGCUUUUUUCUUUAUGUUGUGAAAUUCGGGGGAAUACAUAA